UCCCAUCAGCGAUCUCUUCAAAGAGCUAAUCGUCCAUCGGCGAUAUACAGUAGGUGGCCAAAAGUCCGGCGACGGGUUCGCCAAGCCUUCGUGUGCAACCCAAAAGUCAACGACCAGGUGCCGUCAAUUUGCGUACUUCUUCAGAUGGGCAGGCAGGCCGGCGACUUCUGCUGGUGGCUAUGCUGGGGAUGAUGUGUCCUUGUCGCGUCGUACCCGGACUUUUGGCCACCUACUGUAGCAGAUGCCAGGGGACCCUCAUCAUUUCCCAACUCACACAAGCCUCAUGUCUUGCCGACGACGGAUGCAAAAAACGGGCCAUGGUUGUGAACGUGGGGGAGGCAAACUCGUCGUCAUUCCCGUUUGGUGGCGAUGCUUUUCGGCAUCUGCUGUGUGCGCAGCCUAUUCGCGUGACAUCAUCUAUCAGCAAUUACGCGCACGUGAACUGUCUGACAGCAUCUCACCGAGACCUGUCAGUUCGGUGGAAAACAUUCGACAGUUUUGCAUUCCGGUUUCCCCUCGUCUUCAGCCCACCGUGCCGAUAGAAUGAAAGGAAAGCAAUCAAGCGAUUCUGCAGCCACAAUUGAAGAGUCUCUAUGUUUCUGCAUGCGUUGGG